GGCCCGCGCCGGGGCAGCCCUCCUCUCCCUCGCGCCGGGCGGGGAAGGAGACGCAGCCCCCGCACCGAGAGAGGCUGCCUUUGGCCCCGACCUUCAGGGAAAAGGUGGAAGAGAAAGCAGCAUCCGCCGCGCUGCCGAGCCCCCUUCUCAGGAGAGCACCUCCCCGGUCCCGCAGCGGGGAGCUGAUCCCGGCGAAGGCUUUACGCCUCGCCCGCCCCCGCAGCCAGGCCGCGGCGGUGCCAGCGGCUGCCGCCGCAACGCGGCGUCUGCGUGGGGGGGGCCCAUGGCCAUCCCGCCGCCGCCCUAGCCGGCCGCGGGCUUCGCCAGCCGCCCCGGCCGCAGCAUGCCGAACAGGGCCGGCCUGGACACAUCGCUGAGGAUGUCCCUGCAGCGGAAAUCCUCCAAGAUCCACUCCUCGGCUGGACCUGUCUGUUCCUCCUCGGGCUAUAAGAAGGCGGAUGAUGAGAUGUCCGGAGCCACGUCCUCGGCGGAUCUGGACGAGGCACCAGCCCGCACCAUUUACUUGAACCAGCCUCAACAGAGCAAGUUCCGCGACAACUGGGUCAGCACAGCCAAGUACAGUGUGGUGACAUUUCUACCUCGAUUCCUGUAUGAGCAGAUCAGAAAAGCUGCAAAUGCAUUCUUCCUCUUCAUUGCCUUACUGCAGCAAAUUCCAGAUGUCUCUCCAACAGGAAGGUAUACCACCUUGGUGCCAUUGCUGUUUAUUUUAACAGUUGCUGGCAUCAAAGAAAUCAUAGAAGACUAUAAAAGGCAUAAGGCAGACAGUGCUGUGAAUAAAAAGAAAACAAUAGUUCUAAGAAAUGGUAUGUGGCAGAACAUUAUGUGGAAAGAGGUAGCAGUAGGCGAUAUUGUGAAGGUCACCAAUGGGCAACAUCUUCCAGCAGACAUGAUCAUUAUAUCUUCCAGUGAACCACAAGCCAUGUGCUAUAUUGAAACGGCUAAUCUUGAUGGAGAGACGAAUCUCAAAAUACGACAGGGCUUGUCUCAAACUGCUAGUCUCCAGUCAAGAGAAGAAUUGAUGAAAGUGUCUGGAAGGAUAGAAUGUGAAGGACCCAACCGUCAUCUUUAUGAUUUCAUUGGAAACUUGCGCUUAGAUGGUCAAAGCCCGGUUCCUGUUGGUCCAGACCAAAUCUUGCUAAGAGGUGCACAACUAAGAAAUACUCAGUGGGUCUUGGGUAUUGUUGUGUAUACAGGAUUCGAUACAAAACUCAUGCAGAACUCAACCAAAGCACCUUUGAAGAGGUCGAAUGUGGAGAAAGUGACCAACAUGCAGAUCCUGGUGUUGUUCUGUAUUCUCCUGGUGAUGGCCCUUGUGAGUUCUGUAGGUGCCUUAUUAUGGAACAGAACACACGGUGAAGUCGUCUGGUACCUCGGCUCCAACAAAAUGCUGUCUGUCAACUUUGGGUACAAUCUGUUGACAUUUAUAAUCUUGUACAACAACCUUAUUCCAAUCAGUCUUCUGGUGACACUGGAAGUUGUCAAGUUUACUCAGGCUCUUUUUAUAAACUGGGACAUAGAUAUGUAUUAUCCUGAAACAGAUACGCCUGCAAUGGCCAGAACCUCAAACCUUAAUGAGGAACUUGGGCAGGUGAAAUACCUGUUUUCUGAUAAAACAGGUACUCUAACAUGCAAUAUCAUGAACUUCAAGAAAUGUAGUAUAGCUGGAGUGACAUAUGGUCACUUUCCUGAGCUGGAGAGAGAACGUUCAUCAGAAGACUUCAGCCAGCUACCUCCUUCCACUAGCGAAUCAUGUGAAUUUGAUGACCCAAGGCUGCUGCAAAACAUUGAAAAUGACCAUCCCACAGCUGUACACAUACAGGAGUUCCUCACUCUGCUGGCUGUGUGUCAUACUGUUGUUCCUGAGAGACAAGGAAAUACAAUAAUCUACCAGGCCUCCUCUCCAGAUGAAGGGGCAUUAGUGAAAGGAGCCAAAAAGCUUGGUUAUGUCUUCACAGGACGGACUCCACAUUCGGUUAUCAUUGAUGCGCUGGGAAAAGAAAAAACCUUUGAAAUUCUGAACGUGCUGGAGUUUUCCAGCAACAGGAAGAGAAUGUCAGUGAUUGUUCGAACUCCAGCAGGACAGCUACGUCUCUACUGCAAAGGGGCUGAUAAUGUAAUUUUUGAGAGGCUUUCAAAAGAUUCUCAGUACAUGGAGCAAACACUGUGCCAUCUUGAAUACUUCGCAACAGAAGGUCUGAGGACUUUGUGCAUUGCUUAUGCAGAUCUCUCAGAAAACUCUUACAGGGAGUGGUUGAAUGUCUACAACGAAAGCAGUACAGUUCUGAAAGACAGAACUCAGAAACUGGAGGAAUGCUAUGAGAUCAUUGAAAAGGAUUUACUGCUGCUUGGAGCUACAGCCAUUGAAGACCGCCUUCAGGCAGGUGUUCCAGAGACAAUAGCCACCCUAAUGAAGGCAGAAAUUAAGAUAUGGAUUCUGACAGGGGACAAACAGGAAACAGCUCUCAAUAUAGGCUACUCUUGCAGACUCAUUUCACAGACUAUGUCUCUCAUCUUGGUCAAUGAGGAUUCAUUAGAUGCAACAAGAGCCUCUCUGACUCAACAUUGUACCAAUCUGGGGGAGUCGCUGGGCAAGGAAAAUGACAUUGCUCUGAUUAUUGAUGGCCACACACUGAAGUAUGCCCUUUCGUUUGAAGUCAGGCAGAGCUUUCUGGACUUGGCACUCUCCUGUAAAGCAGUCAUUUGCUGCAGAGUAUCUCCUCUACAGAAGUCUGAAAUAGUAGACAUGGUCAAGAAACACGUCAAUGCCAUAACACUUGCCAUUGGGGAUGGUGCCAAUGAUGUAGGAAUGAUCCAGACGGCUCACGUUGGAGUGGGGAUCAGUGGCAAUGAGGGCAUGCAGGCAACUAAUUGCUCGGAUUAUGCUAUUGCACAGUUUUCCUACCUGGAGAAGCUGUUGUUGGUCCAUGGAGCUUGGAGCUACAAUCGAGUUACGAAGUGCAUACUAUAUUGCUUCUACAAGAACGUAGUUUUGUAUAUUAUUGAGCUUUGGUUUGCUUUCGUGAAUGGAUUUUCUGGGCAGAUCUUAUUUGAGCGGUGGUGCAUUGGUCUGUAUAAUGUGAUUUUCACAGCGCUGCCACCCUUUACUCUGGGAAUUUUUGAACGCUCAUGUACUCAAGAUAGCAUGCUUAGAUUUCCACAGCUAUACAAAAUUACUCAAAAUGCAGAUGGGUUCAAUACAAGGGUUUUCUGGGGUCACUGCAUCAAUGCCCUGAUCCAUUCCAUCAUUCUCUUCUGGUUUCCACUGAAAGUACUGGAACACGAUGCGGUAUUCACAAAUGGUCAAGGAAUAGACUAUUUAUUCGUUGGAAACAUAGUUUACACUUACGUUGUAGUCACUGUUUGUCUGAAAGCUGGCUUGGAAACAACUGCAUGGACUAGAUUCAGUCACCUGGCUGUCUGGGGAAGCAUGCUGCUGUGGUUGGUGUUCUUCGGUGUCUACUCAGCCAUCUGGCCCACAUUUCCCAUUGCACCAGACAUGUUGGGACAGGCUGGAAUGGUGUUAAGAUGUGGAUACUUCUGGUUUGGUUUGUUCCUUGUGCCUACUGCGUGCCUUCUUAAAGACGUGGCAUGGACAGCGGCCAAGCAUACCUACCAUAAAACUUUGCUGGAGCAAGUUCAGGAGUUGGAGACGAAGACAAGAGAGCUGGGAAAAGCCAUGCUUCGUGAUAGUAAUGGGAAGAGCGUGAACGAACGUGAUCAUCUGUUAAAAAGGCUUGGCAGGAAAACUCCUCCGAGCCUUUUCCGGGCUCAUUCUGUCCAGCAGAGCGUGUCACAUGGGUAUGCAUUUUCCCAAGAAGAACACGGUGUCGUUUCCCAGUCGCAAGUUGUUCGAUCCUACGAUACAACCAAAAGGAGAGCAGAAAUAGAAUAGAUGGCCCUUCACUUGAUGGGUGGUGGGAAUAAUGGGAUUUGGAUCAAUGCAUCCACUGUUAACACAUUCUUGACAAGGGUUGGCAGCAGCAGCCAAAACACCAGAGAACUCAUUUCUGUGGCCUUAGCCAACAAGUUUCUGUAUCCUCCCUGCAAAUCUCGAGCAGAAGUUGCGUGGGGGGGGGGAAUCAUUGUUCGAAUUCAGUCGCAAAGCUCUGCAUAAAGUUUUGUUUAUGUUGUUAUGAAGCAUUUGACUGUGCUAUGUGAGGUGUGAAAUUAAAAGCAAUGUUUUACCACUAUUUAAAACAUCAGCAUAAGGUUGUUCUGGGAGAAAAGUAGAAAAUUUAUGUUCCAUGAGAAAUCAGCCUUUGCUUAAUUGGAGCAGGGUGCUGAGAUUUCCUGUUUGGUUACGCACAGGCCCAGUGCACAUGGCUGCAUGCAGACUUUAUUCCCUCUAAUAUUCACUGUUUACUAAUUGGGCUGAAAUUUUAACAGACAAUUUGGGAUAAAAUUUUUGAUUGCAACACAGUUUGCAGCUAAAAAUGCUUAUUUGCCUUCUUAUGACACAAGAAUAAAACAAGGUAGUAAUGAAUUACUUAGAAUAUUUCUUGCCCUCUUACAGCAUUUAUUAGGGCUAUAUCUUAGCUUUCUAAAACCCAGUUAAUAGGUUACUCACAAAGUCAGGAUGUAGAAGUCAAAAGAGCUCAGCAGGGCAGCUGCUGUGAGUGCAUGGCAUUGUGCACAACAAUGAACUCAAAUAGGUGCCUCCUGGUAACUUUCAUGAUGUAUGUAUUUGGACAUGCGUUUCAAAUGUAACCCAGAGUUUCCCCUCCAUGAUCCCAUUCCCACUUUAACAAUAGAGCAGACAGAGAGAACUUAAUAGGUACAAGCUUGUCAGGCAUUGAGAAGGAUGUGCAUCCAUGCAGGAGGCUGUUACUAUAACCCCGAAGAAACAUUCUGCUGACCAGGAAAGACAGGCUUGCAAAGGAACGUUAGGAGGGGUUUCCACCCGUCUGUGCAUACACAUGUACACACACAGAGAGCUGGGCAUUGUUAAGAGACCUGCUGGGUGGUUGCUCAGCCAAAGCAGUCCCUCUUCUAGAUCUGAUCCAUCAGCAGGCUUCCCAACACACUCAAACUCCUGAGCCCUGGAAAGAAUGCUGGCUCCAUGGCCUUGCCGUGCCAGUGGGACAGGCAUGCUGCUGCAUAGAUCGGAGUUGUGAAGAAAAAAAAUGCCAAAACCGGGGCAUAAGUUAAGGCUGAAAGAGCUCUUAGAAAACUUAUGCUGUCCUCCAGACAAGUUCUAAUAAUUUGAGUCGCCAAGCCACGUUUCUGAAUGGCGUAGAGUAAAUACUGCUGUGUUUUAUCCAGGUUUCGUGGUUAAUGUAUGUGCUACAGCUGUGCAUUUCAAAAGUCGGCGUUGUUUUUUGCACUAUUGACUGUCCUCCAGGACUUUUCACUGAUUUAAAUAUAUCUGAAAGCAAUUUGAAUAUGAAUAUUUAUGUUUAGCAAGGAAAAGGAAAACGCCGGCCUGACCCCCCUGGCUUAGCAUUCCUGAAGGGUUGUGAGUAAAUGCUGGCGCUCAAGGGUCGUGGUUCAGUUCCCAGUGUCACCUCAGAGGCUCCGAUUCCCGUUCCACGUUAAAAGCAGGUUUAUGCUCUGCAGCACCAAGCUCUUCAAUUAGGCUGAUGGCACAGAGGAAAAAGUCAUCACCUUCUUUCUGCAGUGCUAAUGAGACAAUUAUGCAAUAAGGAAAACGUGCAAAUAAUGUUGCCAUAGGCAUGAAUGUCCAGGGGCCAGGGGUGGGUGGACACAUUUUCGGGGAGGUGAAUUUUAUUUGAAGGCACGAAUAGUAGUGCAGAGAAGAAAUAAAAGGAGGGUAAGCCUGAUCCCGGGAGAUUUCGAGUGCUAAUGUUGAUCUAACCUGUCAAACACUCCUUUGUUUAGAAACAAUCUAUUUAGGAAAUGUGUGGUGUAAGCCUGUCUUCAAAAGUGCUAAACGUUUCUUUCUUUUGUAACAACACAAGGAAAAUUAACUUUUCACUGAGACAAAGAGAGAUCAGCUUAGUAUUUGCACUCCAAGCCACACACUAAACAUUGGUAUGUAAACAAGGGGGAGGCUUUUCAUGAGGAUGCAGGGAGAAAACUUUCUAAAAACCUCUGGCUAAUAAAGAAGGUGAAGUAAAUGUGUUGAACAGAGCCUGGAAAAGAUUCUGGAGUCUUUUCUCAACCUAAUGCAACAAAGUUUUACAAAACAGAAUGAGAGAUCGUGGGGAGGAGAAACUGUCAUGUAAUGUGAUUUAUUUUAUUAGUGCAGGCGACAGGCUCUAUCAUUUUGACCUCUCUGUAAAUUGAGGUCAGUGUGUCACAAACACAAACCCUCUGUAGAGGGAGUAGUGGCUUAGACUGAGGUGCGUGUGUUGAUGUCAGCUCAAUGGGAAUUACACAUGGGGUUUGUCACAGGCCUAUACAGUAUGUGACACUGGGGCUCAUGGGUCAGGCUUUAUCAUCACUGUAAGGUCUUUAUCUCUAGCAGAGUUAAUCCUGUAGAGCCCACCUAGGUCAAGACCUGGCAUUCUUCUUGUUCUUUGGAGUCAUUACGGGAAUUAAUGUAUUGUAAUAUGCUGUAGCCUGACUGACUGUUGGAGUUGCUUGUCUUGGUGAACAGUGAU